AUGGCGCAGCCUCGGCAACCGCAGCAGCGGAGCGAGUUGGAUGACAGAAUGCGCGCGGACGAGGCGGCGCGGCAGCUGCCAAUUCUGGAGUUCGAGGAGGCCAUCCUCAGCGCCGUCGCGGCGCACCCCGUGACGGUCGUCAUCGGCGCCACGGGAUCCGGCAAGAGUACGCAGCUCCCGCAGAUGCUGUACCGCGCGCAGUUGCGCCAAGCGGGGGAGCCGCCAGCGGAAGGGGAGAAGGCACGCGGCAUCGGGCCGCGCGCCAUUGCCGUGACGCAACCGCGCAGAGUGGCGGCCGUGUCGGUGGCCAGGCGAGUGGCGGAGGAGCUGGGUGUGGCGCUGGGCGGCGAGGUGGGGUACGUGGUGCGGUUUGAGGACCGCAGCACUGCCGCCACGCGCAUUGUGUUUCAGACGGACGGCUGCCUGCUCAGGGAGCUGCUGGGCGACCCACUGCUCAGCCGCUACUCCGUCAUCGUGCUGGACGAGGCGCACGAACGCAGCCUCAACACCGACAUCCUGUUUGGGCUGCUGAAGCGCCUGCUGGCCGUGCGCAAGGACGACCUGAAGCUGCUCGUGACGUCAGCCACGCUGGACGGCAACAAGUUCUCGGCCUUCUUCGGGCAGUGCCCCGUGGUGGAGGUGCCUGGUCGCCUGCACCCCGUGCAGGUGCUCUACAGCACCGACCGCCCCGCCAGCUACUUCCAGUCCGCCAUCGAGACUGCCAUUGACAUCCACAUGGGGUCGGAGCCGGGCGACAUUCUGGUGUUUCUGACGGGGCAGGACGAGAUAGAGCGCGCGGUGGCGGCCAUGGAGGAGCGCAUUCGCAGCAGCGAGCACGGGCACUGCAUGGACGCGCUCAUCCUGCCGCUGCACGCCUCGCUGCCGCCUGAACUGCAGUGGGAUGGAAAGUCGUCACGGUACACGUUGGGUUGCCUGCACUGCAACGCUUUGUGCCACUUUCAUGCACCUGCCCCCCCUCCCUCACACACACCAUGCAAUUUCUGCCACCAGCCGUCCGUCCGCCUCCAUCUAACCCUCUCCUCCCUCUCUCCCCCUGCCCAGGUGCGGGUGUUCACGCCAGCGCCCCCGGGGUGUCGGCGCAUCAUAGUGGCAACGAACGUGGCGGAGACAGCGGUGACACUGGACGGCAUAGUGUUUGUGGUGGACCCGGGGCACGUCAAGCAGAAGCAGUACGACCCCAACACUCAGCUCGCUGCACUCACCGUCGUGCCCAUCAGCAGAGUGCAGGCGAUCCAGCGGGCGGGGAGGGCAGGGCGCACGAGGCCGGGCAAGUGCUACCGCCUGUACCCCAAGUCCGUGUUCGAGCACGAGUUGCCACCUGCCACCGAGCCUGAGAUCUGCCGCUCCUCCCUCGCAGGCACGGUGCUGCACCUGAAGUCGCUCACGCGCCUGGAUGCUGUCCACAGGAAGCGACGGGACUCUCAACAAGACAGCGACGCACAGGCAGGAGAGGGGGGAUCAGCAGGGGAGGAGGCAGGCGGCAUCGGCGACGUGCUGUCGUUUGAGUUCCUGGACCCGCCAUCGCGCUCGGCCCUAGAGGACGCGCUGCUGCAGCUGUACGCGCUGCGCUGCAUUGACGAGCGCGGCGCCAUCACGCCCACCGGCAGGGAUGUGGCACGCCUGCCACUGGACCCCUCUCUGGGCGUCACUCUGCUGGCCGCGCGGUCGCUGGGGUGCCUGCCGGACGCCAUUGCCGUCGCCGCCAUGCUCUCCGCUGAUGUCACUGCGCCCUCAGGAGGAGGGAAGGAUGGGGGCAGGCGAGGAGGAGGAGGGCGGGGAGGAGGUGGAGAGGGGAAUUUGGUGGCGCUGCCGGAUGGGGAUGGGUAUGGCGAUCACAUACGGUGGUUGCAGGUGUACCGAGGGUGGGAGGCAUCGGGAUUCCAGGCGUCCUGGUGCAAGCAACGAGGCCUGCAGCUCAGGUCCAUGAACUUUGCACGGGACGUGGCUCGCCAGCUCACUGCUGCUGUCUCCGCGCACUCCUCCCGCACCAACAGCUCAUCCGCUCACCCACCCACUUCCAAAGAGGGUAGAGACGUGAGAAGUGGCAAGGCAGAAGGGGCAGGUGGGGAUUUGGAGGGCAGCAGAGAUGGCUGGGCGGCGCUGAGGCACGCCCUGACUGUGGGGUCGGCCAACAAGCUUGCACGGCGCAUGCGGCAGCACAAUGGGUACAAGACCGUGCACGCCAAGUCACGCCUCGUUGAGCUACACCCAGCGAGUGCACCGCUGGCAGUGGAUGAGGAGGGGCUGCUGCCGGAGUGGGUGGUGUACCAGGAGAUAGUGGCCACCACACGUGCCUUCAUGCGCUGUGUGUGUGCCGUGGAGGAGCCCUGGGUGCAGCCGCUGCUGCCGCGCCUGCAUGAUGUGGACGUCACCCGCCUCAGUGGUGGAGACACGGCAGCAGCUGCUGCGAAAGAGAAACAAGCUAAGGAAUCAGCUGCUCAAACAGCAGGUGUUGGCAAGGCAGCACAAAGCACAGGAGGUUCAGUUGUUUCUGCUCCAGCUAAGGCUGCAACUGUGGAUGCAGCACGAGCCAGGUACCUUGCAAGGAAGAAGUCUAAGCUGGGGUAG